UUCAAAAAGUUAACCAAUGAGGCAAUAACCAUUUGGGUUCUCACUUUAAUUGUCCAAAUACUCUGAAUUAUCCAAAAUCUCAAAAUAGUGUCAAACAUUCUGAAAUUAGGGUUUUAUUACGAAUUUUCAAUCCUGUUCAGAGAAAGAUAAUGAUGAUGCAGCGCUGUUCUAGCAGAUUAAAAUCCCGAAGACGAUCUAAAGAGGAAUACAAUUUUUCCGAUGACAUUCUGAUUGAAAUUUUGAAGCGACUGCCAAUAAAAUCGCUAGUGCGUUGUUCUUUAGUUUGUAAGUCAUGGUUUACUCUCCUCACCUCUAAUGCAUUCAUUUCUACUCAUGUAGAAUUUAAUGCCCAAAAUUUAUAUCUUUUCAAAGAUAGCACUUAUAUUCGCCAUGAUAAUGUUUUUACGCAUUUCCAGAUUUACGAUGGAAAAAUCGUUUCAAAUAUGUUUGAGACAGGUUAUAUGAGGAGUCCAUUUAGUAGAAAACAUUUUCUCGUGAGUUCUUUAAAUGGGCUGUUGUGUUUAUUUGAUUUUUACUCUCCAAAUCCCAGAAUUUCCCCCUUGAUUUUAUGGAAUCCUUCAAUUUUUAAAGCCAUAGCUGUUUCUGUUCCUGAUCUUGGUGAUGUGAGUUUCACCUCUGGUGGGUUUCCGAAGUUAAUUUUUGGGCUGGGCUUUUAUUCGUAUUCGAAUAAUUACAAGAAUGAUUACAUGAUUAUUCGGGUUGCAUACUCGAAUUCUGGUACUGGUGAUUUGAUAUGUACUAAUUUUCGGGUUGGAUUGUAUUCCAUUAAUAAGGGUGAGUGGAAGAGCUUAGAAAUGAAAUCUUUUCCUCACUAUAUUACCACUAUUAGGUGGAGAGGAUUAUAUUUGAAUGGUGUGAUUCAUUGGAUUUGUAAUGUUGGUGUGAAUCGUGAUGGUUGCGAUGAGAUUUAUCGGUUGAUUUUGACGUUUAACCUGGAAGAUGAAAGUUUUGGUGAAAUUGAGUUGCCAAAGGAGGUGGUGGAUGUGACAAAUCAAACAUUAAGGGUUGUCAUGGUCCCUCUUGAUGGUAAAGAGGUGCUUGGAGUUGUACAUGUUAAAGUUGUUUUUAACCUAUGGGUGAUGAAGAGUUAUGGAGAGAAGAAUUCUUGGGUUAACUUGUUCAACAUUAAUUUCGACAGCGGGAUCAUGAACGACAUGAAUGUGGCUAUUUUGGAUGAUCACGUUGUGGUGAAAACUUAUGGUGGUUGGAUUUCCUAUGAUCGUAAGAAAAAAGAAAUGUGUAAUCUGAACAAAAUACGUCCGUGUUGUGACUACGUUGAUACCCUUGUAGCAAACCUAAUUCUUAUUGGGCCACGAAAAGGAAUUUUCCCUUCUCUUAUAGUGCAUCAAAGGGAUCAGAUAGCACGUCCUUCUGGUCGCAGAGGUCGACGUGGACGUGGUAGAGCAAGAGCAAUGUGAUUUAGGUAUGAUUAUGCCUUUUUUGCUUGAUCUCUUUUAUCACCACAUGUUAGAAUCUGAAUAGAAAUUGUGUAUUUUGCAAUUAAAUGUGUGAAUGUAAUAGUUAAAGGUUGCUAUGUAAUCUUUUCUUGUGUACUGUUCCAUGUUCUGUAUAUUGUCCAGACUGUUGUAAGAUAUCUUCUGAUGUUAUUUUUGCCUUCUGGUUAUGGAUAUUUUGCGUUAGUGAGAAUGUAUUGGUGGAGCAAGCUAGCCUCUUUGGGUGUGCUGCUGCUCUUUUAGACAAUCUUUGCCUGUUGACGUUUUUCAUUUCGAGGUUUAUUGGGUUCCGUAUAAUUUAUCAUUCCUGCUGUCCUGAUUGUUAAUGCCUAGUAUUUGAAACUUGGAAAUUUUAAUCUACCUUACUGUUGUGAUGCUAUUUGGCUUUUUCAUAGCUUCUGUUGCUGCUGAUUGCUAGCUUGUUGUGUUGCUUCCGGUCAAUACUUUCUGUCUUCUUAUCUUCAUAUAUUAACAUCCCCGUUAAUCUAGGAGGUAUUAUCGAUAGACCCUAGUCUGGACAGAAGCUCUUUGAGCAGAAGGUAGGAUCUUAGUCAUGAUCAUUGUUACUUGGAACGACAUUCGGUUUGGAACAUGGAACGGGAACGGGAACGGGAACAGAAACGCAAACUAGAUUGACUCGGGAAUGAUUGGGUACGAGAUACAUUGAUCUCCUUGUAUCGGGGCAUGCUCCUUAAUACUUGCAAAAUGAGAUGAGGUAAUCGUAGCUAAGUGAACUAUGUCGUAUAUACUUCUUCAUGCUCCUCAAUACCUUAUGGAAGGAUAAUAACUUCCUAAGUGGAAAAUCACAAUCUUUUGAGUUAUUGUUUGACUUGAAUUGAGGUAGAAAUUGGUUACACUGUGUAUGAGCCCUGAAUAAUUAGGCUUAGUAUGUACCUUGUUAACCGUGUUUUAACCUUCAUAAGUAGUAUCAUUAACAUAGUGAUAUUUAGCUGAAAUGUUCCGAGUGUUGGAGUGAAAUGCAUCACUUCUAGUGAGAAAUACAACACUUUUGCUAGGCGAAAAUGGUGUAAUGACACCUUGUGAUGUACCAAGAAUCAAGAUCGUAAAAGUUCCUAAACAUUGGUGUAAAUUGUUAGGUUCCUAUCGAAGAUCAACCCUGCUCCAAUGCUCUUUUCAAGAGUUGUGUAAGAGUGUAGAGAAAUCACAUGAAUCUUCAACUAUCUUUAAAGGCUUAUAAAACCAUUGGGUUUUGAUACCUAUUUGUUUAAGAAAGCAAAAAACACAAAUAUAAAUGUGUUGUAAAAACACUACCCUUUUCAUUUAUCCAAAAUAUACGAAAUGCAACUAAGAACCUGAUCAUAGUUCGUGAGGAUUUUUCGCAAACCGAGAGAUUCUUUUGCCGUAUCUUCUUUUAUGGGUUUGGAUUGUCGUCUUUCUUUCCUCCCGGAGUUCUUAUGAGCGGAAUACACUGGAUAUGACGACGAUGAUAUGAAAUGCAACUAAGAACUAGCAUUAUUAGGCAAUCAAUUAUCAGAAAACAUGAAAGCAAACAAUCUAUUCUACGUAUCGGGAACACCAAGAAGGCACCAAUGCGUACAAUCAGCAUAGUUUACCAAAUUGUUGCCAUAUUUUUCAGCAUGCAUGUUCCAAUCAUUGAACCUGUACAUUGAUGGAUGUGCAUCAAUUCUGGAUUCAGAUAACUUGGUUAUGUUCAUUUAUUUGAUUUGUGAUUUGUUCAUUCCCUUUAUCACACUCUCUAUAACAUGAACCAUGGAUCUGGGAAAGACGGGUAUAUAAGAAUCAUCCAUGAUAGGUUGAGUUUUAUUGUAACACCAUUGAUCAUAUUGUAUGAAUUUGUGUGGAGCUGAAAUGCUUCUGAAAAACAGUAUUGUUUUAUUUGGAUCAACGUUUGUCUCGAUCCAUUUUUGCCCAUGUUUUUAAGCCUCGUUUGAAUGCCACUUCUAUAGGCAUAUCCUUUUUCAAUUUUCCAUCAUAUUGAACCAAUCCCAUCUGCAAAUAUUGCAUUACUAUUAGUUAUUGAAAAAUUCUCAAAUAAGAAAGUCUUAUUGGUGAGAUUAUUUUUAUUGGGCUGGUUCAAUGUACAUAUAUAGUCUCAAAUUGAUCACUUAUAACAUUAAAAUGAUCACUUAUAAAUUUAAAAUGAUUAAUUAUAAUCUUAAAGUAGAGUCUUAAAGUGAUUACUUAUACCAUUAAAAUAAUUAACUAUAAUUUUAUAAUAAUCAGUUAGAAAAAUAAAUAAUUAUAUAGAUCUGUUUCAUAAGAAUUGACAUUAGGGCCUAGGGGUGCUCAAUUCAAGCCAUUUCAAUUAGAAAUUAAAUAAUUAAAGAGAAAAUUAUAAUAAACUACCUAUUCUAUACCUCUAUUUGCAAAAAACUACCUUAUCUAAAAUUUUUUUCAAAAAACUAUC